UAUACGGCUGGUAAACUGAUUGCUUGGUCGAUAGCACACAAUGGGCCAGGGCCACAGUGUAUCAAUAGACACCUGUUCUGUAUGAUGUGUGGCCAGAAGACAUCUCUUGAUGACUUUGAUGUCGAGGUCUUCAUGGACGAAGACAUUAAACAGAACAUAGAAAAGGUUUCCAACUGCAGCACCCCAGAAGACCUGGCAGACUUGAAAAGUCACCUUGGGGACUGGAUUGCAGGCUGUGGUAUCCCUGACAUCUACACUGCCACACUACUUGAUGUUAAGAGGAUAAGGGGCGAGAUUGUAUCUCAUUUUGCGUUUCACAGGGUUGCCAGCAUGAUUCAACAGUUUGUUGCCGGUAUGGACUCGUGUGGUCAGUUCUGGCAAAUGGUGAAGAGAUGCUGGAAGCAGUUCCUUCCUGUAUUUACAAAUGCAGGAAAUAAACUUACAAGGAACAGCUUCCAGGAUCUCUUCACCAUUGGAUGGAGUCCAGCUGGAAGUAACAGACGUGAAGAAGAGGAAGCCACCAUCUUUCAGUGGGAAUGGUGGCUUAUGGCCAUUCAGGAGCACGAGGUGGACCACACGUUUGAAGAGCUGCUGGUCUUCAUAACUGGGGCUGAUUUACUUCCACCACUGGGCUUCCCACAGUCCUGCAACAUAGACUUUUACGAUCAGGAGCCGGGGAUGCGGCGCAUCCCAUACGCAUCAACGUGCAGCUUAUCCCUCUAUCUUCCAAGAGGUGUUGCAAAUGAAGAUCAAUUUAAAGAUCUUAUGAACGAUGCAUUAAAAGGAUCCCUUGGAUUUGGCAAGGUGUAGCGGCAUACAUGAACUGAUGCUGGGAAGCUGUUAUUAAAACUAGUGGCCUUUUGGGAUGAAGUUAUUUUAAGUGUUCUUAAAUGGGAUUGCUCCUGCCACUCAGGCUUCUUAAAGAUUUUACAUUUUAAAAGUGAACAUUCAUUUGU